UUUGCAGGCCUUGGAUUGGUUUACGUUGUCCAAAGCGUGUCGAUGACUCAAUCCGCAUUUAAAAAAUCAGUCGUGGUCGAAACUCUGAUGACAUCAGUUGAGCGAGUAAUGACGUACACCGAACUUGAAUCUGAACCUGGAUACAAAGUGGAACAAAAUCCCCCGAAAAACUGGCCAAAUGAGGGAAAUAUCGUAUUUAAAGACGUAUCCUUGAGGUACUAUCCGGGUGGUCCUCAAAGUUUAAAGAAUAUUACACUUAAAAUCAAUGGAGGAGCUAAGAUCGGAAUUGCAGGCCGAACGGGUGCAGGAAAAUCUUCUUUCGUGGCGGCACUAAUGCGCAUGCCUGAAGCCGACGGAGAUAUCUUGAUUGACAAUGUUAAUAUAAGUAGCAUCAACCUCCAAGAAUCUCGACGGGGAAUAACCGUUCUCGGUCAAAAUCCUGCCCUUUUUAGUGGAUCGUUGAGGCAAAAUCUUGAUGUGAUGGAGCAGUUUCAAGACACGGAACUAUGGAGUGCUUUGGAAGAGGUGCAGCUGAAAAGUCUUGUAGAAAAUUUGAAAGGUCAGUUAGAUCAUGAAUUAUUGGAGAACGGUGCAAAUUUAAGUGUUGGAGAAGGGCAACUUAUCUGCUUGGCUAGGGUGUUUUUGCACCAAAAGAAAAUCAUCAUUUUGGAUGAGCCCACAGCACAUGUGGAUCCAGAAACAGAGCAAAAAAUCUGGAACAUAGUGCGCGAGAAAUUGAAAAACUCCACCGUUAUCACUGUUGCACAUCGUUUGAACACAAUACGAGACUAUGACAAGAUUUUAGUUUUAAGGAAUGGGCAGGUCGAUGGGUUUGAUAGUUUUGAUGUAGUAAUGAAGAAUAGAAAUGGAGGCUCAAUUUCCGAUUGA